AUGCCAUCACAACUGGAAGGUGCAAUGGAUACCUUAAUCAGAGUCUUUCAUCAUUACUCUGCUAAAGAAGGGGACAAAUACAAACUCAAUAAAGGAGAACUCAAACAACUUCUCACCAGUGAACUUACUGAUUUCCUUGCGUGUCAAAAGGAUCCCCAGCUGGUUGAUAAGAUCAUGCACGAUCUUGAUAUUAACAGAGAUAAUGAAGUGGAUUUUAAUGAAUAUGUGGUCUUGGUCGCUGCUUUGACUGUUGCGUGCAACGAUUUCUUUGAGGAGCAAAUGAGGAAAAAAGGAGAAUAGGAAUGGCCAGAACUACCUUUUCGACGUGAUGGGAGAAAAUAACUUCAGCUGAAGUAGAUUUCAUCUCUUCUGUUCCCCCAUUCCCCUUGGUAUUGAUGUUUGGCAUUCUCUUCUCUUCUAAUAAUAUAUAUUUUCUCAACAAUAUUGUCAUUUUUUCCUUUUAUAUCAGUGCAUGUAAACAGCUUAUUCAUAAGUGAAGUGCAUUGGUAAGUCUGUCAAUUUAGCAUUUGUGAACACAAAUGGGGAUGUAAAUACAUUUAUUAUAUGUAUUGGAUUUAUUUCCAUAUUAGAUUUGAUAUUGUUGCAUGCUGCCUUGCCACUGUGAUUGGAUUCAAGAAAAAGAUAAAAUAGAAGCUCAGAGUCCCAAAUAAUUGUCUAAAAGAGAUUUUUUUGGGGGGGAGGGAAUAGUGGUUUCUUACAUUUAGACACACCAUUUUGUGCUUAAUUUGUGGAGAUGGUUAUAAUGCAGGGGUGUCAAACACAUGUCAUCAUGGCAGUGUCAUGUGAUGUAUCCCCCACUUCGCUAAACUGGUAAUGGCUGUGGCCACAGCAUGAUGCAUCUGGCCCAUGGGCCAUGAGUUUGACAACCCUGCUAUAGUGGGAUUACUUAGCUUUUCCACAGCUGAAGCAUUGCACAGCAGUGUUCUAAGAUGGCUAACCCAGAACAUUUGCUGUUUGUUAAUACAUCAUAGCUCAAGUAUAGAACCAGCAAAGAGCAACCAAAUAACAUUUCUCCAGAUACUGCCAGCAGUAAGGAGAAUUCAGCAGCUGAUCAGCUCUUCUCUCUGGUAAAAAAUUAUAGUAUAAAUAUUGUCUACUGAAGCCUUUCUUAGCUGGUGGCACUCUUGCUAAAUGGCAGCCACAGCAGGUGUAAUCAGUCCCAAAGUAUCAAUGCAUUGGAAGGAACUUUGGGGAAAAGCUUCCCCAUCAUUCUAACUCCCAAGGGCCUCCCUACCGGUAGCAACUCUCCUCUGGCUGCGGCUUGCCUGUUUGUUUGGCAAGAGUGCAUCCUUCUCAGCCAAACAGUGGAUGCAGCCACCUAAUAUUACUUCGUACAUUCUGGAAAUUUAUUUUUAUUUAUUUAUUAUAUCCCACUUGUAUUAUGCUUAAGGAAUCCCAUACAUGACCACACAUUUUGUUGCGAAUAAAGAUGAUGCUGGUACUUACUCUGUAACAUAUUUCUCAUUUAUUUAUUUUGAAUUAAGGGAAUUGUUAAAAUAGUAAAAGUCAUGAGUGACAGGAAUAAUGGUGGAUGCCAACCAGUGCUCACUUUUGGGACACACUGAUGCCCUUCAGCAUCAGAUAAUUUACCUGCAAUUUAAUCCAAAGACAACAAAUGCAUCCCUUAAUACAUCUGACUCAGAUAGAAUCCCCUAAUAGGCUUAGCAUUAAUGGGUUAUGGAGAGUGAAAGGGGAAUAAGUAUGUGUCUUAUUACACCACUCUGGCUUCUUAUAUACACCCGUGGACUAGCAUUCAUAAUACCUUCCCAGUGACCUCUGGCUGAAAUCUCAAUUUCUUUUCUUGAGAAACUUCGAUACAUUAAUCCCUUUGCAUGUCACUCUAUUCACAGGAUCCAGAAACAGCCUUUCCUUCUCAUCUUUCUCCCCCACCCCGAACUGCCUUUCUUGAUUAAUUCAGCUAAAAGGUGCCCUCAGACUAUUUGUUGUUUAAUUUUAGAUGUUUUGGCUUUAGAAUACUAUUAUUGUAAAAAUGGUCUUAUUUUUUUCC